CUUAUUUUGAGAUUUGAAUAUUUUGGAGCGCGUCAGUCAACAGUUGCGUUCUGUUGCCAGCGCAAAUGUUUUGUCUGGGUAUUCCGUGGUUUGAUAUCCAUACAUUUGAAUAUCACCGGUUUUAGUAUGAUCCCUUCAACCUGGGAUGAGCUUAGAAUACAAGCUCGAGUACUGGAGGGCGAGAUUGAUUCAAAACUAGCUGCUUUUGGUAAAAUUGGAAUUCGACCAGUAGAACACAAACACAUUACUCGUUUUACCAAUUCUGGAAUAAUCAGUAAAAGCAAUGUAACCCCAGAAGUACCGUCACAUGUAGAUUUCGACACAAACUUCAACGUAAUGUGCAAUGAAAUAGAAGAACAACUGCAGAGACUUACCCAAAUCAAUGAACGGAUGGCAACUUUUGUCCCUGAAACAGAAACUACACCUACCUCUUUUGAUAGUACUGCACGAAACCCACUCAAUUCUACUAAUAUGGCAGCUGGAAGACUUAGUCAACUGCAUACAGCUAAACGACAUCGUGAAAUUCUUCGUGAUUAUGCUCAGGAGUUUCGUCAAACUAAAGCCAAACUCAUUGCUGCCCGUGAACGUGAAAACCUUCUAGGAUCUGUUUAUCGAGACACAAACACCACAACUGUAAAUCUAAGCGGUGAUUUUACUUCAAAACCUCAAUCUGAUGUAGAUUCUUCCGGUGGUAAUCAACGUUCCGGUUUACAGUCAAAUAUAUCUAGUUCAACUCGUUUACUUCUAGAUGAACAAGAAAAAUACCAUCGCUCUAAUCGUCUGUUGGAUGAACAUUUAGCUGCAGCAUCAACAAUACGAGCCGCAUUACGUGCCCAACGCUUCGCACUACGCACUGCCUCAACAGGUCUAUCGAAUUUAAGUUCCCGUUUUCCACAGGUAAAGAAACUGAUCAAUAAAAUUGACUGGAGACACAAGCAAGACUCAAUUGUUUUGGGGCUAGUCAUUGGUUGUUGUGUUGUGUUUCUGCUAAUUUACCGCUUCUUUUGAGUUAUAUGCAUAUAUAUUACUUAUUUUUUUAGAAGGUAGUACUGUGAUGUUUUCACUAAUAUCUUGUAAUUUCAAAGUACGAAUGAGGUGCGUGUGAGUAUGUACAUGUAUUUCUGCUAUUGUUGAUAUUAUUAUUACUAAUCCCUUACUUUUCAUGUUGCCAAUAUCUUCUCACUAAUAGUAUCUGAAGUUUGGUUUUUCAAGUUGAUGCACAAUGGUUAGCUUUCACAAAUAGAGGGGUCUUACUUAAAAAAUGGAAUAAACAAGCUAUAUCCCAAGUCUAUUGAUAAAAACCUAACCACACAUGUUUAGAAAUGUUCUAAAAUAGUUCCUGUAAAUCGGCAUGGAGCAAACCCAGGGUAUCUUAAGGAGAAAUUCUCCAUAAACAUAUUGAAUUAACAUAAUAAAAAUCUUAUGGGAAUUGUUAUAAAUAGGGGGAAUGUUUUAUGCAAACCUCAAUUUUAGUCAGCGUUAUUAAUAAAAAAAUACACAUUCGAGAAUUUCUUACUAAGCAACGUAUUCUUUUCUUACAGAGCCAAUUAGAUCCAGUAUUUUUUUAAAGAAAUAGGGUAUUCCCAUAAAUAAUAAAAUCGCUUUGUAUUUCCAGUACAUAAGUUCUUUCCGUAAAUACUAAGAAGAAACAUAGAAACAUCUCAUUUCUGUUUAAUACUCUAACCUUCGAAAUAUAUACGAAGUUGAACUAUUUACCAUCUUAACCACACAUUUUCACGGUCAUACUUUAAGAUAUUCAUAUGCUUCGACCAGUGUAACUCGCUUCAUAUGGGAAUUUGGACUUAUCAGUGAUAAAAAUAUGAUGAAAAAUUUUAAAGAUUACAUUUUAUGAUCAUUAAUCUGUGAAAGAUAAUAAUUAUCUAAUAACUAUAUUAACAAAUGAAGACUUUAUUUGGUUAAAGUUUUCUCAACAAACCGAAACUAUUAAAAAGAAGGUAGUUCUCGUCAUUCACUAACACCAUCUGAAAGGCAGUGAAAACUGGGCAGCUAUAUAGUCCUAAUUUGAUCAUUCUCAGCCAUGUGCACAUCAUAUCCCCAAAGCUUCAAACGGGGUCAAAACCUAACAUUUUAUAACCUUAUAGUAAGCCUGAUAACCCAAAAGCUCUGGUACGGCCGAGGGUGGGGAAGUUCGCUCCCUCUCUAAAUGCUCUCAUAUGGCCACGCGUAUACAGCCACUUCCAGGGAAGUCCUACUCACUGCCUUCUCGCUGCGGUAACCACAUACAAUAUAUUUAUCAUUUUUUACAAACACCACAACAGUUUUGAUGGAAUUCCAAUCACAAAAGUAUAUUAAAUAAUUGGGUAAGAUCUUUUUCGAAGGAAAGAAAUUUUCAGUAAGUUCGCUUAAAUACGCGAAUAAACUAUUAAAUAUUAAUUUCAAUAGUUUAGGUUAUGAGUCAUUUGAAGCUAGACCACCAUGGAAACCUGGAAGCACUGGACGAUAAUUUCGUCCUAGUAUGGGACUCCAACAAUCCGCAUCCACGGUCCCGUCCCACGGAAUUCGAACCCAAGACCUAACAGUCCCUCGAGUGAGCACUUAACCACUAGACCAUUGAGCCGGCAUCCAACGGUGUUAAUGUUUAACUUCAACCAAUUCACGAAAUUGAGCGAUGCAUCCACCAUUAUCAGUGAGUUACUAUUGUAGGAUUUAAUUUGUCCUACAAAUGUACUACUAGAACCGUAAACGCGAUACUAGCGAUCACAGAGUCUAUGUGAAAGCUAUAGUCAGAACAAGGACAAUUCGGCUUUAGGCUUUAUCUGUUUCGACCAGUAUUGGGUGUCUUAUGGAAAUGAAUAAAACUAUGAGUCACACUAAUAUAAUAGGAAAAUAAUGUCUUUCAAUUGGUAUGUCACAUGCACCAGGGAUAGUUUACAAACACAUCAGACCAGAUCAACGUGGUGGGCGCUUAAACAACGAUUUGAUUGGUUAGCCAUGGACACAACUAACAACUAUCUCACAACAGAUAUCCCCCUUCUGAUAUGAAUCAACAUAUGCUCACUAGUGACUGGCUUCAAGAGAUAUGUCCUGGGGUUCUAGUGUAAAGCAGUGACCAGUAGAGUUCAACCGGGUCUGUUGUGAGAUAGUAACUCACUGAUGAUAAUAGUGGAUGUGUCUCUCAAUUUUGUGGAUUAGUUGAAUUUAGGCAUUAACACCGUUGGAUGCCGGCCGGCUCAGUGAUGUAGGUGUUAAGCGUUCGCGCACUAGACUGAUAGGUCCUGGGUCCCAAUUCCAUGGGACUGGAUCUUGGAUGCGCGUUGUUGAGGAGUCCCACACUAGAACAAACUUGUCGUCCAAUGCUUCCAAGUUUUCCAUGGUGAUCUAGCUUCAAUUGACUUAUGAUCUCAACUAUUGAAAUUAGUAUAAUAUACAUAAAAACCUCUUCUGAUAUUAAAUAUUAGUCUUGUUUCUAUUAUUUGAAUCAUAAAGUAUCUGAUAUUCACAUAG